UGGAAAUAUCAUUCUCAAAUCAACAAAUAACCUAAACUAAACUAACUAAAAAUAUGUAUAGCUUCAAUAUUUAGAAUCUCCCUGGUCGUCGUGAAACCUUUAGCUUCGGGAUAGCCAUUGUUUACAGGAGUGAUAGACAUGGCAACUAAGGAAAAGGCAAAGAAGGGAGGAAAGGAUUCAGAUAAAAAGAACAAAAAAAUUGAAGAUGAAGACAAAAAGAUAGAAAAAGCAGCCACAGAAAAUCUUGGCACAAUAGAUGAGAACGUAAUUGUGAUUGAGCAAGAAGUAUCACCCCAGGAAUCAACUCAGCCGCUACCGGUGCAGGAGCCAGUGAUUGCGGUUAACGAAUAUGAAGAACCCGUACUUGCAGAGCUGAUUAUUGAAAGCUAUGAAGGUGAAAAAGUAAAAGGACUUUAUGAUGGUUUAGCAGUUGCUCGUUUCAAAGACAAGCACACAUAUGAGGGUCAGUUUUCAGAGGGUCUUAUGCAUGGCAAAGGCAAAUACACUUGGGCUGAUGGUGUGAUUUAUGAGGGUGACUUCUUUCGAAAUGUUGUGACUGGAAAGGGCUUAUAUCUGUGGCCAGAUGGCAGCUGUUAUGAAGGAGAUGUUGUUCAGGGGAAGAGACAUGGGCAAGGAGAGUUUCGGUGGAAAGACAAUGUCAUGUCAUACAGUGGUGACUGGAAUCAGGGUUUUCGACAUGGAAAGGGUAGAAUGAGUUAUGAUGUUACAGGAAAAUCCUUUUAUGAUGGUGACUGGGUGAUGAAUCUUCGACAUGGCUGGGGUGUACGUCAAUAUGCUUCUGAAAAUGUGUAUGAAGGAAUGUGGUUCAACAAUGCUCGCCAUGGACAAGGCACAAUGAAAUGGGCUGAUAAAGAUCAGAUCUACACUGGUCAGUGGGAGAAUGGCAUUCAGCAUGGUUUGGGGCAGCAUACUUGGAUUCUUCGACGAGUUCCUGGUUCACAGUAUUCUAUGCGUAAUGUGUAUGAUGGCGAGUUUGUCAAUGGCCUUAGACAUGGCUAUGGUACCUUUCACUAUGCCAAUGGUGCUUCAUAUUCUGGAUACUGGAACAACAACAUGAAACAUGGAAAGGGCAAGUUCCUAUUCAAGAAUGGGCGGAUCUAUGAGGGCAUGUUUGAACAUGAUCAUAUUGUAGAAUACCCUGACUUUAGAAUGAACGGCACCACCACUCCAGACAUUUCUGGUAUCAGAACAAGAACUCCUCUUCCUUCAGAUGAUGUGUCUAUACAAAGCAAUGAGAGCCGCAACACAAUCACCCCAAAUUUCCAGUUGGAAAUCGAUGCUUUGCUUAGCGAGUUCCCCGAGGAUGACCAAGAAGAAGAAAUUAAUCAUGUUUUGGUUGUGAUUACACGCCAUGUUAGCAGUCUCCGUAAAAUUUACCAGUUUUACAGUCGGCUAGGAUUUGAAGAAAGCCUUGAUAAUACUUUCUCACUGUCACGCAUGCAGUUCUGGCGUUUUGCCAAAGACUGUCAUUUUCACCAUAGUGGCAAAACACUAAUGGAAAUGGAUCGCUACAUUGGCAAAUGCUACAACAAAGCCACCUUUGAACUUCAUAAUCCCUUUGAGCGCAUACUAAUGCGCCAGUUUAUCAACUGCUUGGUACUUCUUGCAUACCAGAUAUAUGGAGACCAAUUUCAAGACUCAGCUCCAGUCCUUGCAAACUGUCUGUCUACACUGAUCACAGAAAAUAUUCUUCGCCAUGCCUGCAAUGUCCAAGGACGCUUCUUUUAUGAGCCAAGACGGUCUAUCCAAGCUUUGAUUUAUGUGGACCAAAGCUAUGAGAUCUUCCAAUGCCUUUGCCACCCAAGAAAGCACUUACCAAAGGAACCAGCUUUCAAAAUGAGAGAGUUUUUGUUUCUGAUGAAGGAUCUGAAGCUGAUGAACAAUGACCUUACACCCCAGCAUGUCAUUAAGGUGUUGUCAAGUGAAGAUCCAGCCGUUGUGGAUGGAGAUGGCUUUUACAACCUUGAGCUUGAGAUGACAUUCCUGGAGUUUUUUGAGGCUCUGAUUGGUUGUGCUGAGAUUUAUGCUACUGAAGCCUUAGUGAAGGACCCAAUUACCCCUCGUCCCUCAACAGCGAUGACACACUCUGUCUAUUCGGUGCCAGCUUGUCCCUCACGUGUUGCCAGUCAUGCUGGAAUGGAGCAAGAAUUGGGAGAUACAAAUGCUCUUCAAACUCCACACGAAAAAGCAGCAAGUCCACCUUUUAGUGAAACGCCCCGUGCUCCAUCUUCCAAUGCAGGCACAGUGAAGACUACAAAAGGAGGCUCUGCAAAGAGCAAGAAACUACCCGUGCCUGCAACUAAACCAACAACAAAAGCAGCAGCAGCUGCAGGGGCGGCGACGGCAGCAACAUCAGCAGCAACAAAAGCAGAUAAGACAGGUGUUGAGUCCUCUAAUCAGCAAGACAGUAACAGAGAUCAAGCAGGGGAGCUGACGAGUGUUUCUGUUGCCAGUGGUCACACCAACAACACAGAAGAUCAACAAACACUGAUGCAAAGCUUAAUCUCCAUGGGAGGACUACGUGAUGCUGGAGAAUUUGAGGAGGGUUUAGCUGAUCAUGCAGGUGAAGGUCAACUUGACCUUCAAUGUGUGGAAGAAGAACUGGAUCCAGACACACGGAAGUUUAACUUCUGGACACACCAGGUCCAUGUAUUCUUCCAUAUGAAGUUUUUGAAAGCAGCUCAGUAUUUCAUAACUGUCAAGAAAGCGGUAGAAAGCCGGAGAAUUCAAGAAAAACUUUUACAAGCUUUUAUUGCUAAAAAUGCAUUAUCUUCUGAAUUGGAAUCCUCAUGAGGUUCUGCAGACUUGUGCAUUCUGGCAUGUAGAACUUGUUAAUACUUGUUGGUGUCGUGUUUACUGAAGGACUGAAAAAAGCGUGUGCAUGUGUGUGUGACAUGUGAGUACCUAGACAUGGAUAGCACUAAAUUAGUCCCCUUACUUUCCAGAAGGAUUAUUUUUGCCAAAGUUCUUUUAUUUGUUACCUUGUAGCUCCUAUGUCUCCUACUUUUAUAUGGACCAGUUAACUUUUGCACUGUGCAGAAACAUAGUGCUUUGUGUUGCCAAACAUCAAGAGGGUGUGUGAAAAAUAUUUUUCAGAGGAAGCGGGACUGCUGUCAUUAGGAUAUGCUAAUUUUUAUUAUGAUGAUUAUUAUAAUGAUAAUUAACACAAGUGUCAUAAAACCUCACAGCACUUCUCAUGUCUUUUCCACUAGAGAACAUCCUAUUAAAUGAUGUUACACAUCUUUUUUUUCAUUUGUAUAAUUGGAGAAUUAAUUCCUUAUGGAGGAUAUGACAAAUAUAUGAACAUGAUUCUAUGCUUAUAUUGAUUCCCUCACACACAUACAUGUACAAAAUUAUCAUACACUUUUUAAUGAGUGUGCUAUACAUUAUUGUGCAAGUCAAAACCUAUGGAAGUGUGCACAUAUAAAUGAGAAAGACAAUAUUCAUGUUUAUUGGUGAAAUGGUUUUCACCCACUCAAUCCUCCUCCUGAAAGACUAAGCAAGCCCAGUCACAACUCAUCAACAAACGAUGUUUAAUCAAGCCUGUUUUAUUCUGAGGCAGUGAAAUUUUACAUGUAUAUUUUCUGUUGUUGAAGCAGCAAUGAUACAUUAUAUACUAUUUUACUGCAUUUUUUUAAAAAUGAUGCAGAUUUGUGAUGAAUGUUAUGCCACACAAUAAGAACAAAUUUAAAUUUAAUGUCAAGAUCGUACACUGUACAAAUAUGCAUUAUUUGCAACAUAUACAACCAAUUUUUCAUAUGAUUGCACUUUUUUAAUCAAUAAAGCUCUGUACUGGC